AUGCACCCCGAACACCAAAAUAAAACGUCUGAUUUUUUUGAAAGAAAAGCAUCAGAACAAAGUCGGCAAGUAGUUUUUUUUGAUAAACAUACUAAUUUAAAUAAAACACUUCUUAAAGCUUCUUUUGAAAUGGCUUUACUGAUUGCUAAAGCUAAAAAAAAUUUUACUAUUGGAAAAAACUUGGUUUUACCUGCAGCAAUAAAAAUAUGUGAAAUUGUACACGGUGAUAAAAUUGCAGAUGCAUUACGGUCCAUCCCUGUUUCUAAUGAUACUAUUAAAAGAAGAAUAGACUAUAUGGGGGAUUAUAUGAAAUCUCAAUUAUUAAUUCAAAUUAAAAAUAGUGACACUUUUGCAAUACAACUCGAUGAAUCGACAGAUCUUACAAAUAAUGCCCAGUUAAUGGUAUUUGUGAGAUAUCAAUAUAAUCUAGAAAUAAAUGAAGAUUUACUUUUUUGUGAAACUCUUUCCGAGACAACAAAAGGCAUAGAUAUAUUUAAAAAAGUAAAUGAUUUUUUUAUUAUAAACGAAUUAGACUGGACCAAAUGUGUUGGUGUAUGUACAGAUGGAGCAGCAGCAAUGACUGGUAGAAUAUCAGGGUUUAAAGCAGAAGUGAUGAAAGUUAGUCCUGAUAUAAGAUUUGUUCAUUGCAUUAUACAUAGAGAACAUUUAACUUUUCGAAAAAUUGGCUGUGAACUGAAUUCAAUUAUGAAUGACGUAGUAUCAAUGGUCAAUUUUGUGAAAACCCGUGCCCUAAAUUCUCGACUUUUUAAAAUUUUAUGUGAAGAUAUGGGAUCCAACCAUAAUACAUUACUAUUCCAUACAGACGUACAUUGGCUAUCCCGUGGAAAAGUUUUGAAAAGAGUUAUAGAACUAAGUGAUGAGCUCCGCAUAUUUCUUCGUGAUAUUAAACCCGAUUUAUCUGCACUUUUAAGUAAUGAAAAAUGGAUGUGUUUAACUUCAUAUUUAGCAGAUUUUUUUGAUAAAGUUAAUGAAUUAAAUCUAUCUCUUCAAGAUCAAGCAGUUAAGAACAUUUUAAAAGAUGAAAGUACACAAUAUAAUGUCAACCAUCACCAAGAAACUGAAUCAAGUAUAACAAAAAAAUCAUUUUCUAAUGGACUCAAACGAAAAUCGGAAAACGAAAUGGAAAGGCCUUCAAAAGUCAUAAAUAGAGGCAUUUUAACUAAUCCAGAACUAACACAAACGUUUACAGGCUUAUCAAAAGAAUAUAAAGACGCAUCAACUGAAAUAGGUAAUUGGCUAAAAUGGGUAUUUGGUUUACCAUUACUAAAUCCAGAAGAAAUAAGCGAUUGCUUUACGACAGAUUUGAUGUCAGUUUCUCCAGAUGAUUAA